AUGAAUAUCACUCCGAUCGUAGCCCCAGGUUCAAAAGCAGAUGAUGGUUCUGAAGGUAUUGGAAGAUUAACAACAAUUGCAGACGACACAGUUCCGGAUAUUAUCGAAAAUGUAAUUGCAGAAGCUUUAUGGAAAUACAUAUCACCACUUCUCAUCCUGUUCGGUACCAUCGGUAAUGCAUUAUCAAUCGCAGUGUUGCUGCAGAAACGUUGUCGCAAAUCGACCACUAGCCUUUAUCUCUCUUGUCUGGCCGUUAGCGACAUCCUUGCCAUUGAUAUUGGUCUCUCUCGGAUCUGGAUCAACAAUGUAUUUCAUAUGGAUAUACGUAACUUACAUGAUGUCGUCUGUAGGUUGCACUUCUUCAUCGUAUACUUUUUACCCCAGGCCUCUUCUUGGAUCUUGGUGAUGUUUACGACAGAACGUACCCUUGCGGUGUGGUUACCACACAAAGUCAGCGUCAUCAGCUCAAAGAGGACAGCCGCCAUCAUGAUCUCACUUACAAUGACCAUCCUCGCAGGGUUCAACAUGACAUUAUUUUGGACACAGAUUCUGGUGGAAGAAGACGGAAAGUACUAUUGCCAAACACAUCCUGACCAUAUAUAUUUUGAUUAUCAGGUUUGGCCAUGGAUAGAUUCGUUUCUUGCCUCAUUUAUACCAUUCACUAUCAUCGCCAUUUGUAACCUUAUGAUCGUCUUUAAGCUGCAAGUGGCGAAGAGGCUCCAACAAUCGAUGAACACUGGAAAUGGGAGGACAACAGCCGACCAGAAAAUGUCGUCUGCAACUGUGAUACUUAUUUUCAUAAGUAUUAUGUUUCUAACCCUAACAUCGCCAUUAGUACUUUAUCUGUAUUUCUACCAGGUCUGGUACCCCUACGACCCGCCGGUUGACGAGCAUGUCGCUGCCCAAUCUGAACUACAUUAUACUAUAACGUACCUGAUGUACUUUACCAACCACGCUUGUAACUUCAUAUUGUAUGUGGUAAGUUCUGCAAAGUUCCGUGCAGAUCUGAAGAAUCUGCUCGUUCGUAGGGGGAGGUCAAACGAGAGAGGGAAUAUAACAGGAACAUCUGGAUCAACCGGGGGACCAACCAGAUCAGUGAUGGAAACACAACUCAGCGUUUCUACAAAGUUUUAACAAUAAUGAUUCUAUCCUUGGUG